AUGGCGCAGCUCUUCCUAGACGUCCUGUACUCGUUUGGGAACUGCCUGAACUGCUUCCCGGGCUCGCCGACGCUCAAGAUCAACAGCCGCAGCUUCAAGAUAUUACGGUUGCUAGGAGAGGGCGGCUUCUCCUACGUGUACCUCGUCCAAGACACCUCGACGUCGGAACUUCUCGCCCUCAAGAAGAUCCACUGCCCCUUCGGCGCCGAGUCGGUGGCGCAGGCGAUGAAGGAGGUGGACGCGUACCGCCUCUUCGAGCGCAGCCCGGGCAUCAUCCACAGCGUCGGCUACAGCAUCGCCGCCGACCGCGGCUCCGGCGGCGACGCCAGCAAGACCGUCUACGUCCUCCUGCCCUACUACCGCCGUGGCAACUUGCAGGACAUGAUCAACGCAAACCUCGUCAACCACGCCCGCUUCCCCGAGCGCCGCCUCAUGCUCCUCUUCCUCGGCGUGUGCCGCGCCCUCAGGCAGAUGCACCGGUACGGCGACGCCGCGGGCCCGGCGCCGGCGGGCGCGGAGGCGGCGGAGGCGGCGGCGGAGGCGGCAGCGGCGGCCGGCACCGCCGGGGAGAGGAUGGAGCUGCCGCGGAUGGACGGCGUGGACGAGAAUGUCGAGGUCGCCAAGGGCCGGGGCGGCCGCGGCCGGGAUAAGAAGACCCCGGCGCGGGAGACCGGCGCCGACGAGGACAACGAGAGGGAGCAGCAGCAGCCGCUGAUGCACGACAACGAGGCCGGCGCCGCGGCGGCGGCCCGGGAGGUCAGGAGUUAUGCGCACAGGGAUAUCAAGCCCGGAAACAUCAUGAUCUCCGACUCGGGCUCGGAACCCAUCCUCAUGGACCUCGGCUCGAUCGCGGCGUCCCCGCUGGCCAUCACGAGCCGGUCGCUCGCCAUCGCGACGCAGGACACGGCCGCCGAGCACAGCACCAUGCCGUACCGGGCGCCCGAGCUGUUCGACGUCAAGACGGGCGCCGUCGUCGACACAAAGGUCGACAUCUGGUCGCUCGGCUGCACCCUUUACGCCUGCCUCGUCGGCAAGUCGCCGUUCGAGGCCCGCUCCGACGAGACCGGCGGCUCGCUCAGCAUGUGCGUCAUGGGCGGCGACUGGCGGUUCCCCGACGAGAGGCCAGGCGGCGGCCCGGCGGAUAGGGGCAAGGGGAAGGGGAAGGGGAAGGCCGCCGCGGGGGCGGCGGCGGCCGGCGGCGGCGGUGGUGGUGGUGGUGCGGAGGAGGGGGGUGAGGCUGGUAUCAGCGAGCCGAUACGCGAGAUCGUCCGGAGGUGUCUGAGGGUGGAGCCCGCCGAGCGCCCGGAUAUCGACGAGCUGAUCGACAUGGUGGAGGGGGUCAUUGACCAGUUACCCGGAGGUGAUGAUUCUUGA